AUGGAGCCUUUUCAAAAUCCAGUGGAGCUAGAUCAAUAUAGAAGGAAGUUAGGCUUAGAGUAUGCAGGGGUAAAUUGUUCUGGAAAAAUUUGGUACUUUUGGAGGACUGAUUGGGAAGGUAGCAUUAUUCUUGAUACAAUGCAGCAAAUAACUAUCAAGUUCAAAAUAAGAAAUCAUUUUUUUCUCAUCACGGCAGUGUAUGCAAGAUGCAUUGCUUUGGAAAGAUUAGAAUUGUGGGAAGAAUUAGAGGAUAUAGUUAGUAGAGAACAAUGUCCAUUGGUGGUGGGAGGUGAUUUCAACGUAAUUCUUAAUGAGGAGGAAAAACUAGGAGGCCUUGAGUUCACUCAGAAUGAAGCAUAUGAUUUUUCCUCUUGUAUUACCGCAUGUGCUUUAAUAGAGGUGCGCACAUCAGGAAGUAAAUAUACGUGGUGGAAUGGGCGAAUUGAAGGGGAAUGUAUUUUUAAAAGGCUGGACAGAAUUCUUGUGAAUCAAGAGUUUAUGGAUUUUCUCCCGUCAUCAGAGGUGCAUCAUCUUAUUAGACAGGGGUCGGACCAUGCUCCUCUGCAUAUGAUUUGCAAUUCAGAUGCAGGGACAACCAUAAAGCCCUUUAGGGUUUUGAAUUUCUGGAGUAAACACAAAGAUUUCAAGAAAAUGGUGAAGGAGAAUUGGAAUGUGGAUUUUGUUGGAAACCCGUUGGUUGAAUUUCAAGCUAAAAUGAAGAAAGGGAAAAGGAAAAAGCUACAUAUUGCUGAAAUAGAGACGGACCAGGGGACAAUUCUACACUCGAAUGAACAAAUUGGUCAAGCGGCAGUGAACCAUUUUGCGCAGCAAUUUCGUACAGAUUGCUUGGCAACUGAUUUUGGCAUGAUUGAACACAUUCCAAGGAGUAUAUCAGAUGAUGAAAAUGAGGUAAUGACUAGAUUUCCAGAACAAGGAGAAGUGAAAAGGGUGGUUUUUGAAUUAAAUGGGGGAAAUGCUUGUGGCUCGGAUGGAUUUACAGGACAUUUCUUUCAAUGUUGUUGGGAAAUCAUAGGGGGAGAUGUUACUAAAAUGGUUAGAGUUUUUUUCUGUGGACAUGAACUGUUAAAGAGUAUUACUCACACUAACUUAGUGUUACUGCCUAAGAAAGAGGUAGUACGAAAUUUCUCAGACCUAAGACCUAUAAGCUUGGGUAAUUUUUUAAAUAAGAUCAUUUCCAGGGUGUUACAUGAACGAAUUGUGAUGAUCUUACCCAAGAUAAUUUCUCCAACCCAAUCCGGGUUUGUGAAGGGAAGAAGUAUUACAGAGAAUGUUUUGUUGGCUCUGGAGAUCAUUAGAGAUAUGAAUAAGAGGAACAAGAAUUUUAAUGUGGUGGUUAAAUUGGAUAUGGCAAAGGCAUAUGAUAGAGUACCAUGGAUUUUCUUAACCAAAGUGAUGAGGAAAUUUGGUUUCUCUGAAAUAAUAAUUUAUAUGAUAUGGAGAAUUAUGUCCAACAACUGGUACUCUGUGUUGAUUAAUGGGAGGGUUCAUGGUUUUUUCCAAUCAUCUAGAGGAUUGAAGCAGGGAGAUCCAUUGUCUCCUACUUUGUUUAUUAUUGCGGCAAAAGUCCUUGCAAGAGGACUUAACAUUUUACAUGGGGACACAGAUUUUAAGGGAUAUGGGUUGCCGAAGUGGAGUCCUAAGAUAAAUCAUUUGUCGUAUGCAGAUGAUACAAUUCUUUUUUGUUCUGGGGAAAGAGGAUUGAGAAGGUUAACAGAAAUAAGGCAAGGGAAUUUUCCUUUUAUUUAUUUGAGUUGUCCAAUGUUUUAUGGGAGGAGCAACUCAUGUUACUUUGAAGAGCUGAUCAGAAAAAUUGCGAGGAGGAUUUUCUCAUGGCAUAAUAAAUUUCUUUCUUUUGGUGGUAAGCAUGUGCUAGUCAAUCAUGUGUUGCAGUCAAUGCCUUUAUAUUUACUUUCAGCCAUGAACCCAACCAAGAAAGUAAUGGAGCAAAUACAUCAAAUAUUUGCGAAAUUCUUUUGGGGUAAGGCUGGGGGUAUUAAAGGAAAACAUUGGGUGGCAUGGGAGGAAAUGUGCUUCCCAAAAGAGGAAGGAGGAAUUGGUUUCAAGAGUAUUCAUGACAUAAAUAAAGCCUUGUUUGCUAAGUUAUGGUGGAAUUUUAGAGUUUCCACAAACUCACUAUGGGCUGAAUAUAUGUGGAGUAAGUACUGUAAAAAAUUGCAUCUGGUAAUGGCUAAUAGUAUUAGAGCAUCGCAGCAAGGGGCAUUUUACUUAACAGAAGGUGAAAUGGCACAAGAUGAGGAACUGGAGGUUAAAGAGUUUAUUAGAAAUAAUGAGUGGGAUGAAGACAAGUUGAGGUCUGUGAUUUCAGACGAAAUGGUGCAACACAUUAUUUUAAAUAUCAAGCCUAAUAGUAUGGAAGGUAGUAUUGACAGGGCCUGGUGGGUUCAUACCACUACAGGGGACUUUUCUGUUAAAUCAACUUAUCAAAUUAUAAGAGGCAAAAUUACUGAGAAAAGUUGGAGUAAGCAUAUGUGGAUUAAUGAUCUUCCUUUCAAGAUUGGUUUUUUUCUUUGGAGGGUUUGGAGGAAGAGAAUAGCAAGUGAUGAUAACCUCAAAAGAAUGAGGCUGCAGGUGGUGUCCAAAUGCUAUUGUUGUGAAGAGGGACAGAUGGAGACUAUGUCUCAUUUAUUACUAACGGCUCCCAUAGCCCAAAAGCUAUGGAAGCAGUUUGCUUCUUGUGUAGGUAUUAACAUAUAUGGAGUUAACUUAAAACAACUCAUUUACAGAUGGUGGGAGCACAAGAUGUCAAGUAAGCUAGAUCAGAUUUUAAAGGCAGUCCCAGCAAUCUUAAUUUGGGAGUUAUGGAAAAGGAGAAAUACUAUAAGACAUGGACAUAAGACUUCUUAUAGUUACAUGUAUUAUCAAUGUCAGUUGGCACUACAUCAAUUGAUAAGGGUCAAGUUUCCAUGGAUUAAAGGGGUUCCACAUCAUUGGCAUGCAAUGGUGGAUAUACUACAGAACUACAAGCCCAACAUACACUAUCUUUUAGUAAGGUGGAAGAUGCCGAUGGAGGGUUGGAUUACCUGUAACACUGAUGGAGCUAGUAAAGACAACCCAGAUCAGAGUGCUUAUGGUUUCUGCCUCAGAAAUAGAAGUGGUGAUUUGUUAUAUGCUGAGGCUCAGAGUAUAGGGCAAGCUACGAAUAUGGAGGCAGAGGUCAGAGCAGUGUGGGAAGCAUUGACAUUUUGUAUCAGGCAGAGGUAUAAGUAUAUUCAGUUGGAAACAGAUUCAUUAGCGGUAAAGAACAUGAUUGUGAAAAAUUGGAGAAUACCAUGGUCAAUAGAAGAAAGAAUGGAUGACAUACAUGCUAUGGUUGAACAGAUCAAUGUGCAAGUGCAACAUAUAUUCAGAAAAGCAAAUCAACUAGCAGACUCUGUAGCAAACACAACUAUUAACAAAGAGGCAAAGCAGAACCGGAAGAAAGGAACAACAAAAAUGGAUGGGAGCAGCUGUCUUACACAGAUUUUCAAAGCUGAAAAGGAGGGACUAUACUUUAUAUCAAUUUCUUCACGAAAUUGGACAUUCCAACCGGACAGCUCACCUUCAAUAGAGCACAAGUCAGCUGAAAAGAGAGGCGAUGCAGAAAGGAGAAAGGAGGAAUGCAAACCUUUGUUAGCUGAGGAUAACAACAGCUUAAUGAAGGAUGUUAAUCACCUAAUGAAGGAGCAUAUACAACGCAGAGCUAAAGGGAACGAGGGACAUCAUUUUCAAGGUUUAAAGGCGGCGAAAGGAGGAAGAAGAGAGAAGAGGAAAAUGGAAGUUGGAAAAGCAUUUAGGAAAUCCUACUGUGGGUUUGUCUUGUUUAAAACACCUGCUUUGGUCAUAUUUGGGCCGACCAGGUUCAGAAUUGUAUGUUUGAAUGACCCAUUUCGGGUAGUUUAUUAA